AAUGGUAGAGUUCAAAAAUGAAGUUAUACUGAUUGCCAAACUUCAACACCGUAAUCUUGUUAAGCUUCUUGGUUGCUGCAUUCAAGGAGAUGAAAGGAUGUUGAUCUAUGAAUACAUGCCCAACAAGAGUUUGGACUACUUUAUCUUCGAUCAAACGAAAAAGACAUUAAUAGAUUGGCAGAGGCGGAUGCACAUUAUUGUUGGAAUUGCUCGAGGACUUCUUUAUCUUCAUCAAGAUUCUAGAUUGAGAAUUAUUCACAGGGACCUCAAGGCUGGUAAUGUCUUGCUAGACAGAGAUAUGAACCCAAAAAUUUCAGACUUUGGGUUGGCUAGAAUGUUUCGGGGAGAUCAAAUUGAAGCAGACACAAAUAGAGUUGUUGGAACUUAUGGUUAUAUGUCUCCUGAGUAUGUAGUAGAUGGACACUUCUCAAUAAAAUCCGAUGUUUUUAGCUUAGGUGUCAUAGUGCUCGAGAUCAUAAGUGGAAAGAAGAAUAGAGGAUUUCACCACCCGGAUCACAACCAUAAUCUUCUUGGACAUACAUGGAGAUUAUGGAUGGAAGAAAGAGCAUUGGAAGUAAUGGACACCAUGUUAGGUGACUCUUACACUGUUUCUGAGGUUCUACGCUGCAUUCAUGUGGCUCUGCUAUGUGUCCAGAAACGACCAGAGGACAGGCCAGAUAUGUCAUCUGUGGUUUUAAUGUUGGGCAGUGAGAAUCCAUUGCCUCAACCAAAACUUCCUGGUUUUUACACCGAAAGGAAUCUACCAGAAGAAGACGCUUCAUCAAGCCAGCAUGAACGUGUUUCAAAUGAAGUAACAAUUUCAACGUUGCAGGGACGGUAAAGCAUCAUCACUUGAAAUAAAAAUGUUAAAAAUAAAAGUGAAAGGCUGGUAUAUGUAAUGUAAUAGUAAACAUCCUGGAUAUCAAUUUCUUGGCAUUAAUGAGCUAAGAAAAUUGUGUAGCAUGU